AUGUCUGAUAUUGAACGUAUGGAAUCACCACCACUAACAACAACACAAACAUCAAGACCAACAUGUGGAGUACUACCUGAUUGGAUCAACAUCGAUCCGAAAAAAUCAUAUCAUGAUGAUCGACCACAAACGGAACUUCAAUUUAUUACAUUUGCCCAUUGUUCUCACAUCGCCCAAACGUUUAAUUAUAUGUUACGAUCGGCUUAA